AUGAGAAUUCAACCGAAGUGUCAAAGAGGAGAAAUAUUUGAUCCUUCAGAGUCGAUUAAUGUAGAUGGCAUGAAACCGCUGUACCGACAAGAUGGAUACUAUGCGCCCUUCGAACCAUUCUUUGUGUCUAUUCUAGAGGAAUGUCCGUAUGUUGAAAUUAAUGUAGAACAACAUUCGUUGCAGGAAAAUCACUACUCAUCUCCCUUCACCCUCCACUACAAACCAGUCAUUACUCAUCACCUUUCACCCUACCCUAUAAACCAGUCACUACUCAUCUCUUUUCACCCGCCCCUACAAACCAGUCACUACUCAUCUCAUUUCAUCAUCCACUCCAAACCAGUCACUACUCAUCUCCUUUCACCCUCUCCUACAAACCAGUCACUUCAAACCAGUCACUACUCAUCACCUUUCACUCUCCCCUCCAAACCACUCACUACUCAUCACCUUUCAACAUCCCCUCAAAACCAGCCACUACUCAUCUCCUUUCACUCUCCCCUAAAAACCAGUCACUACUCAUCACCUUUCAACAUCCCCUCAAAACCAGCCACUACUCAUCUUCUUUCACUCUCCCCUCAAAACCAGUCACUACCCAUCUCCUUUCACUCUCCCCUCCAAACCACUCACUACUCAUCACCUUUCAACAUCCCCUCAAAACCAGCCACUACUCAUCUCCUUUCACCCUCCCCUCCAAACCAGUCACUACUCAUCACCUUUCACCCUCCCCUCCAAACCAGUCACUACUCAUCACCUUUCGCCGUCCCUUCCAAACCAGUCACUAUUCAUCUCCUUUCAUCCAUACCUCCAACCCAGUCAUUACUCAUCUCCUUUCAUCCAUUCCUCCAACCCAGUCAUUACUCAUAUGCUUUUAUCAAUCCCUCCUAUCCAGUCAUUACUCAUUUGCUUUCAUUCAUCCUUCCAACCCAGUCAUUUCUCAUUUGCUUUUACCCUCCCCUACAAACCAGUCACUACCCAUCUGCUUUCACACUCCCCUCCAACUAA